GAAGUUGAAACUAAACUUGAUAUGAAGACCUAGAAGAAUAGCGAAUUAUUUUAUGUUUUUGUUUUCUCUCCUCACGCACUUUUCGUGACUUUGAAUAUUUUCGAUCUAAUCAGAAGCUGUUUGCAAGAUUAAAAAUAAUAUUGACGGUAGUUUGGUCGCUGUCUAUUCUACAAGUUACACAACAGUCCUGAUGAGAUGUCUCUACCAAAUUUACUUUUUUUGAGUUUGAUUUGUUGCUUCUUAAUCUCGGUUCCUUCAAUUUUCGCUGAAGAUGAAGAUGAUAAUCCCCAGGAAGAGGAGCUACCUGAAGUUGAAGCCCCUUGGUCGGAUGAGAAUGAUGCCAUGUGCACAUGUUGCGAUCCACCAGUGAGAAGGGGUGAUGUCAUCACAGAUGAAAAUGAAUUACAGGCCAAGUACAUGAAGAUGAAACCAAUUGAAUUCUCAAUUAUAUGGCUGCUGCGGUUUUUUGGACUCAAAAUGGAACCAGGACAUAUCAGAUACUCAAAAUGGCUAAAAAAAUCGAGGAAACUGAACAAUGAUGAUCUAUUAAAUGAAAUGGUGUACGAUGUUUCCAAGCAAAUACACUAUAAAAGUCCACAACAACAGAAGGAACCGAAGGAUGAUGAAGCACAAGACUCUGAGGAAGAGGGAAUCAGCAGCAAUACUACUGUUUUGCCGCCCACUGUAGUUGAACACGCAAGGAAAACAGCUAACAUAAGAAAAAGGUGUUUCCUUUACUGCUGCUUGCGUGAAAUAUUAAAUCUAGUUGAUGCGAAUGGCAAUCCUAAACGACUUAUGAUUAAGGGAAAAAUUUUAGCUGCAAGAGGUGUUAUAAAAGUUUUGGACACAUUUUUGCCUGAUGCAUACUUAGUGGACGAUCCUAUGGAUAAAGCUACCAAAGCCUUGGAUAUAGUUGAAUAUUGUAUUAAGACUACCACAGUUACUGAUCCAGAGGAGGAGAAGAAUAAAUGUGCUUUCAGCUUCUAUGUAGCACAAUGCAUUCUUAGCCAUGAAAACUUUGAGGGAAUAAGACAAUAUAUCUUCAAAGUUAGGCAGAGGAAUGAAGAAGCAAGAAAGAAGCAGCGAAAAAGAGAGGAAGAAAUGACCAUGAAAGAGGGAGAAGCAAGCAAGCACGAAGAAGAAGAAGAAGGCGGCAUGCGUGAGAAAGAGACAAAACCAUGAGAGAGGGUGAGAAGAACGGGAUGUGCAGAUGGAUUGAUCCAGAGAGGAGAUCACUUAUAGUUAGCAUCAUAAAAUUAAAAUAAAUAGAUAAUGGAAACAUAUUGUGAAAAAUAAAAGAUAUAAAUGUUAAAAAGGGUACUUUACAUUUUUUAGUGUUCUUGGACUCAAAGCUAUUUUUGAAAUUACUUUGAAGUGGAAAUAUGUUGCGAGAAAUAAAAAAUUAAUUUUUAAAAGGCUAA